AUGCAUAGACAAAUACAGCCUAAGAUAAGAUACCUAUCUGUUUUGCUUGUGUUUGCACAUUUGGAUACAUGUUUUUGGAUUAUCCGGGAUGUUGCAUCUGUCGCCAUGGUGCAUGUGAUGCCAUGGAUUCGGCUUUUGAUAGGGCAGCUCCCCAUAACUCAAGAACAAUAUGCCACACUUGUGAACCUUCUUCAACAAUCUAACAUUCAACAAGGUUCAUCUACUGCUACCUCCAAUCAAGUUUACUCAUCUACAGUUACAGGAAAUUUCCUCCCUGAAGAUGAUUGGUUCAGCUGA